AUGCAGCCCGCUGCUGAACACGACCUGAGUAUAAAUCUGGAACAGCAGAACAAUGCGGGAGAAAGGGACGUUCGAGAAAGCGGCCUUGGGGUAUUGAAGAACAACGAGCCAGAUGAGGUCACGGGCGACGACUGGCUGGACCAGGGAGAGGUGAUUCGUCGAUACCGGGGGGAGCGAGGGCGAGGGACUAGGAGUCGACGAUCAGACGCCAGGAGGGGGUCCACGGCUUGGAGUGGACGACAGGGUUUGCUGCUUGGGGGUGGUCCAGGCGGUCCACUUGGCCCUUGGGUGGUGCUCCGAGGUGUCAAGCAACUCUCAGUGGCUGCGGGUGGUCCUCAGGGUGGUCCCUGGAGGGGUGCUGCUGUGAGCGGUACUGGCUGUAACCGUAGGUACUUGGCGAGUGGUCCCUCCUCUGUUGGAGCUGGGCCUGGUCGCGACGGUGGAGUAGAGAUGUCGACUCGCGGACUGGCCCUCUUGGGGGAGCAGGGAGUGAGUGAGUGGGCUGGCGGCCUCGAGACGAGUCGUCGACUGGUCCGCUAUGGUCUAUGGGCCUGA